AUGGCUGUACACGUCUUUGGAAAUAGCCCAUCACCCGCCAUAGCCACUUAUGCUCUGAGAAAGUCUGUGGAAGAUGCCGAUGAAGAUGUGAAAAGCUUCGUUAGUAACGAAUUCUAUGUAGACGACGCCUUCACUUCACUUCCUAAUGUUCAUGAAGCAGUGGAUCUCGUGAAGAAGACACAAAAGGUGUUAGCCAGAAGCAACAUAGUGUUACACAAGGUAGCAUCGAACAAAGGAGAAGUAGUUUCUGCAUUCUCGCAAGACCAACUCGCAAAGGGCUUCAAAGAUUUGGACCUGAAACAAGACACAUUGCCCACUCAGAGAAGUUUAGGUCUCCUGUGGGACAUGGAUAAAGAUACCUUUCUUUUUGAAGUGUCAUCAGAAUUCAAACCUUUCACCAGAAGAGGAGUCAUAUCGGUUGUGAACAGCCUGUUCGACCCUAUUAGAUUUUUAGCACCCAUCACCAUUCAAGGGAAGCUGAUCCUUAGAAAUUUGAUGUCUGAUACCAGGGAUUGGGACGAGCCCUUGCCGCAGUCCAGACUCUCUGAAUGGGUUGCAUGGAAAGACUCGUUGGCUCAACUCAAACAGGUUCGAAUACCAAGACUUUAUUCGCACUUAUCGUUAGGCAAGGCUACUCGAGUAGAAUUGUAUGUAUUUUGUGAUGCGUCGGAAUUCGCCAUCGCAGCAGCAGCUUACUUGGUGACUCAUUGUCCAGACCAGUCCCACAACACUAGCUUCGUAAUAGGUAAGGCUAAGGUGGUGCCAGCAAGUGGACAUUCCAUCCCUCGCCUGGAACUCCGUGCAGCAGUCUUGGCCGUACAGAUAGCAAAAUUGGCACUCAACAAUCUAGAGAUCAACAUGAACCGUGUGAACUAUUACUCUGACAGCAAAAUAGUCCUUGGGUACAUACACAACUCAACAAGGCGGUUUGCACGGUACGUUAGCAACCGUGUGGAGAAAAUAAGGACAGAAAGUCUACCCGAGCAAUGGAAAUAUGUGCCCACACAGUCAAAUCCAGCAGAUACUGGCACCAGAGGAAUUUCGGUGGAUAAGAUUCAGCAAAGUAUGUGGCUUACAGGACCCCCAAAAUCUAUUCUGAAUGUUAUUUGUGACAAUGAAGAGUCUGAACACUUCCCACUGGUGAAACCGGAAGAAGACACCGAAGUCAAAAGGGAAGUAAACACCCUCCACACUUCAGUGACGACUAAUACGCAACAUCUCGGGUCCAAAAGAUUUGCCAAGUUCUCGUCAUGGAAAAAGCUUGUAGCUGCUCUAUGUCUCCUUAUGUGUAGAGCCGACAAAGCGAAACGAAAUCAAGGUUCUUUCAAUGAUAUAGUUGAAAAGCGUGAGCUCGCAGAAAAAUUGAUUCUCCGAGAAACUCAGAGAGACGCUUAUUCACAGGAGUACAAAUGCUUGACAGAGAGAAGACCACUCCAAAGAAACAGCAGCAUUGCCAGUCUCAAUCCCUACGUUGACGACAGCGGGCUCAUCAGAGUGGGCGGACGCCUUAACAAAAGCGCCGAUCUUUCUUCCAAUGAGCGAAAUCCAGUCAUUGUUUCUGGAAGACAACAUGUCGCUACCCUGCUUGUUCGUUACUACCAUGAGAGAGUAUGCCAUCAAGGGCGUCACUUUACGGAAGGCGCGGUUAGAGCAGCCGGCCUCUGGAUUAUUGGCUCUAAACGCCUCGUUUCCAGUGUUAUCCACGCAUUUGUCAUUUGCCGAAAGUCUCGUGGCAUAUUUGGACAGCAGAAAAUGGCUGAUAUACCGGCAGAUCGAAUUAAACAAGCCCCACCGUUCACAUACGUACGCGUGGAUAUGUUCGGCCCAUGGCACAUUGUCAGUAGGAAAACAAGAGGUGGACAGGCUAACUCUAAAAGGUGGGAAAUAUUGUUUACGUGUUUGUGUGUUCGUGCCAUUCACAUAGAAAUAGUUGAAGACAUGACAGCAUCUGCGUUUUUGAAUGCACUUAGAUGGUUUGUCUCCAUUAGAGGAAAAGUAAAGCAGUUCAGAUCGGCCCGGGGAACUAAUUUUGUAGGUUCAAUGGAAGAUGCACGAAUCGAUGCCAUAAACAUUGAGGAGAGAGAUGUCAAGAAGUUUCUCUUCGAAUCUGGUACCACCUGGAUAUUUAACGCACCCCAUAGUUCCCACAUGGGUGGCGUGUGGGAAAGAAUGAUAGGGGUCACACGUCGUAUUCUAGAAAACAUGAUGUCAAAGGUCAACAACUUAACCCAUGAAGUUUUUGUAACUCUGAUGGCAGAGGUCUCUGCCAUUGUCAACUCUCGACCACUGGUACCUGUCUCUUAUGACAAUGAAGUCCCAGAAGUACUAACGCCAGCGACUCUCCUUACACAGAAGAUUGCCACAGACAGUCAACCCCUAAACGAAAUAAAUCCGAAAGACUUGUACAAAAGUCAGUGGAGGCGAGUCCAACAUCUUGCCGAUACUUUCUGGACUAGAUGGAGACGUGAUUACCUGUGUACUCUGCAGAGUAGAAGGAAGUGCAUGGACGGAGGAAAAUACAAAUGUACAUGUCGGGGACGUUGUUCUACUGCGUGA